ACAUGAUUGAAACACAAAAUUAUGAAAUGCAUAUCUUGUUUGUAAUACGGUAGUAAAAAAAAAUCUUAGAUCAACAACAAGGAGAAUGCGAGAUUGAUAAUAAUAUGAUAAAUUCACAUAAUUGUUCACAAAAACGUUUAAAAUAUUUACAUCUCUUGCGUGUCCUUACAUGCUUGCCGUAGCAGCAGUAGUGUUGCCAAGUCAAUUGGAGCUACUUUUACACAUGCUUUUACAUUGUUUCCGCGGGUUAUUUGUGUAGUGCACGGGUUGAAGCGAAUUUUUUUUACCCACUGGCACGUAGGAAAUAGCCCGGAACAUUGGAAACACCCCAGAACGCUUUUUGACUAAUUUUGGCCGUGAUUGGGUUAAUUUUGAUUAGCAAUUUGGCUGGUUUUGUUGUGCAGACCUGGCAACCCUGUGUAGCAGAGCGCUGUUCUUGAGAAAAAAUGUCAAAUUUUAGGAAAAUAGCCAAGGUGGUGCUGCCCAUGGCAGUGCCUGGAGCCCUUGGCCUGAUGUCUGCCACUGUUUUCGCUGCAAGCGAGGCCAAAGAAAAUAACACCACCCUUAAGACUGAUGAGCUUUCACUCUAUAACACUCCUGAGUCCCAGCUGAGGUACGAGGAGCCCGAGGUUGGUCAUGUUGAGCAAGGUGUGGCAUCUCUGAGAAAGACAGCACAACCUUAUAUUUCAUGGUUUGAGGAAAAGACACAGUUUACCGUGGAGAAAGUACAGUCUUACUACAAGACUGUUGAGCCAGGAGUGAGUAACACUCAAAAUAUUGUAAAGGAUAUAUAUGCAUUUUUGAAUGACCCUCCAUCUGAGUUCUAUGCCAGUGUGGGUGUUAUAGGUUUUUCUGGAAUUCUGGGACUUUAUUUAGCCAAAGGCAGUACAAUCAAGAGACUGAUGUUCCCCACUGGGCUGAUGGCUCUCAGCGCCUCUAUGUUCUACCCACAACAUGCCGCCUCUGUUGCCAGGACCACAAAAGACUACAUAUUCUCCCGGGGUUCAGAAGGGCGAGUUGUUUUUGAGGAGCUGCUGAGAGGGAAGUCACCAUCCAAGGACAAAGUUGAGAAGACGCAUAAAUCAGACAGCCAAAAAUCAAGUUGAGACUAAGCAGUAAGUUUUGAGAAGUUCCUGUUUUGCACCUGGAUUGUGUUCUCUCAUCAAUGCACUGUAUUCGUUUUGUGGUUGUUGUUUUUUUUUGCUGUAUUAUGUUAUUGACUUGACUGCGUUUACUGAAACUGUAUAUUUAACCUUUUUCUGUGCAUUAUGUAAAUUAAAUUGACUUUAUAAAUGUACACUGCAACCAAUUGGACUGAACUGAAACAGAGAAUUACCUACUUGACCUGCACUGUGAAAUUUCUGAUACUUUUCAGCAGCUCAAUGACUUUCAGGUCUUACUGAUGGGUCCAAUUGUAUUUCCAGAGUAUCCUACACCAGUGUUGGCAUUGCAUUCUCUAGAGCUUUUCAGUAUCGUUUAACAAAGAUUUUAAACUUUCAUAAGUUUACAUUACAUUACCAUUUCACAAACUACGUUGAUAAGAAUCUGUCCCAUGAAACAUGAACUUGGCCUAGUCUGGACAUAAACAAAGGGACAUUCUCCAAAGUACAGCACCCUCCAGGAAACAAUCCAUUCUCUGUUCAUUUACAGUACAGUGCACUAUGCUUUUACUCUUUUACCCUUAUGACUUGCACAUUUGUUGUGGGAGGAAUGCCAGAAGGUGUUAUCUUAUGCUUAAAAUGAAAUACCAAUACUUUAGAUUUUUUCUUUUAUUUUCAAUGCAUUCAACGAAUAAAUGACUAUUGAUAAGUUAAUCU